AUGACAUUCGCCAUGCUGCGCACGGCACCUCCCGCAGGCCGCUUCUUGUACGGCGACAUUGCCCUCCUCUCUGAAGAUGAUGAGGAGAACGGGAGUGAGGGUUCAGGCUCAGAGGACCGUACCAACUCCUCCAACUUCCGCCUGUCCUCCUCAUCCCCAUCUGCCUUUCACAUCAAGGUGAACAGGAAGAGGAAGCUGUGCGGGCUUGGAGUGGGCGGUUGCGGAGGUAUAGGGGACAUUAUGGGGAGGAUCGGCCCCUCGGGCUCAUCUGGCACUGGUGAAGUCCGCCAGAGGACCGCAGCCAAUGCUCGUGAGAGAGAUCGCACCAAUUCUGUCAAUACAGCAUUCACAGCGCUGCGCACGCUCAUCCCCACUGAGCCUGCAGACAGGAAGCUGUCAAAGAUUGAGACACUACGUCUGGCCAGCAGCUACAUCAGUCAUCUGGGGAACGUCUUGCUCCUGGGCGAGGGGCUUCAUGACGGACAGCCCUGCCACACCCCCUCACCACCGUUCUUCCACGUUAACUCCUCCCCUCCCCGAGGAUCUGACCAAUCACCUCAGCCCAAGCACAUCUGUACUUUCUGCCUCAGCAACCAGAGGAAAAUGAAUAAAGACAGAGACAGGAAGACAGCCAUCAGAAGCUAACAACGCAGAUACACACCACAUGGAGAAAAUGCUCGUCACUUCAACAUCGCUGGCAGUUUUUUUUUAAAUACUGCAGCUUGAAGACUUAUCAGACUUGUGAUGCGUUU